GGCGCGGUUAUUACGGUAUCACGAGCCGCGUGUGCGCCUGGCCCAGCCGCCAGCCGCCAAACCGCCCCCUCUCUCUUUACUCUCGCGUACGCGUUUCCGGCUGUGGAAAGUACGAAAGUAGUGCGCCGCCGACGCGCUGGCAAAUUGCUGAGCUGAAACCGAAACCGCGUUCUGCAUUCAACUUUUAAUUAAUAGUGUUGAAAAGCACGUCGGCGCUAUUUUGCGAUACAGCUGGAUUAUUCUGGACGAGAAAUUUGUGGGUGACCAGAGGAAAUUCUACAUUGUUUCCGAGGAUUGUUCCGAACGGACGCCUGGUGAAAUGCUGCAAUGGUGAUACGUAGAUGAAGAAUAUGAAGUGGUUGGUGAAGUUGACAGCGAUACUUUUCGCGGUGACGCUUUUGGCGAACGAAUGUUGUUCAUGUCCAACUGCGUGCGUAUGCAAAUGGAAGAACGGCAAGCAAACGGUAGAGUGCGGCGACAAGGGCUUGCUGAUCAUCCCCGAGGGUAUGGAUACGGGCACUCAAGUGCUCGAGUUCAACGGCAACAAUCUCCGCACACUGCACAGAGAGAAAUUUCUCAAGAUGGACCUGAUCAAUCUCCAACGAAUCUAUCUAGCAAGAUGUCACAUCCUCGUAAUCGAGCCGGGAACAUUCAAGGGUCUAACCAAUCUUGUAGAGUUGGACCUGACUGGUAACGCAAUGGAAGUUGUUCCUACAGCUGCGUUCCUGGACUGUCCAUCGUUGAUGAAGCUCACACUUAGCGCCAACCCAAUCAAGAUCAUUCACAGAGAAGCUUUUGGUCAUUUGUACUUCUUGCAUACUCUGGAGUUAAGUGGAUGUCAGUUGGAGAAAGUCGAAAGUGGAGCUUUUGAUGGGUUGCAAAGUUUAGAGAGAUUGAGGUUGGAUAGUAACCAAUUGACUACCAUUGAUGGUGCUAGCACACUAUCCAAGCAUCUUCAAGAGGUAGAUCUACAGGGUAAUCAAUGGCAGUGUGAUUGUAGAAUGGUUGAGAUGAGAAGUUGGUUAGAAGGUUAUGAGUUGCCAACGAGUGUGGCGCCAAUGUGCGCUGGCCCGCCGCGUCUUGCAAAGCGUCCCGUCAAAUCGAUACCGCGCGCCGAAUUGGCCUGCCUUCCGGACGUCACCCCCACGACGUUCUAUCUGGAGAUCGCCGAGGGCAAAAACAUAUCGCUCCGAUGCCAGAUCAGCGCAGUGCCCGAGGCACACGUCUCAUGGUGGUUCCAGGGCCAGUUGCUUCAGAACGACACCAUGCUCACGCCAGACACCAGACUCAUAUAUUAUGUAGAAGAAGGCGGCGAGGACAAAAGGAGUGAGCUGUUCAUAUACAACACCAAUCCGGAGGACAACGGCACGUUUAUCUGCGUUGCUGAGAAUACGGCCGGCGCGGUGCAAUCCAAUUUUACCAUCCGCAUCAUACUAAAAGAUGUACCGGGCCAUGAGCUAGCACAGCUUCCCUUUGAAUUUGUGCUGAUCAUUGUCUCCGCUACAGGGGUCUCUCUGCUUGUGAUCUGCUUCGCAUUAAUCCUAUCGAUAAUAAAAUGUCAUAGCGAGAACCGCCGCCGGAAAAAGGAGCACGCCAGUCAGAACCUUGUGCUCAGUCAUUCAACCAAAGACAGUUUAUUGCAGGAGAGUGUGGAGGAGUUUUCUGAACUGUCAAAGGAGAGUAGUGAUCCAAGUUUAGUGCAAGGCCAACAAAUGAUGAUGUAUAGCAGUGCACAAACCAGUGAGGAGUUGCUACGUUCAAUGUCACCGAUUCUAGCCGCUAAUCAGCUACGCAGUCCAGCAUCUUGCUAUCAACCAGAGCAGAAUCCUGAUCUCAUUAGCGACGCCGAAGCACUGGGUGUAGGCAUCGGCAAGCGGCAUGAUGGCGACGGUGAAGAUAAACAUGAAGCCGGCGGCGAAAAUUUCGAAUUGUCAUCAUCGAAUCUCCACCAACAGCAGGCGUGCUAUCUGCAACCCGUCCUCCUGCCGCCAGUCGUUGGCGUGGUGGAAGAGGAACAGCGAUCUAAUCGUGAUUUAUACAGGCUGUCAGCCGACGUGCAUCUUAAUCCCGUCGGAUUGCUGAACGCCGCCAACUUUGCUAAUGGCAGCUGCUACCGCACACUGCCGUACAAUCGAGGCGUCAAGCGGCAGGCGUCGCUGCAGGAGACGCACAGGUAUCAUCGCGACGCCGAGUUCGCGUCGCCGCACGCGCCGCGCUUGUCCUUCGAGCAUUUCCAUCCGGCGAACGUGCGCUACACAGCCGACGGAUAUCCUGCGCGCGGCGGCGGCUGCUGCGACGCUGAACAAGAGACGCAAUUCUCGGACACCGAGUCGUUACGUUCGUGUUGUUCUGCACCGGCGGUUCCAUGGCUGCCGCAUGCUGUCGCCACUCCACUCGUGUCAAUCUUAAAACAUCCCAUCACAGAGGAGAGAAAUAUGCAGCUGAAAAAAUGUGUGGUUGGCACACAAACACAAACAGAUAUUACUGCGCUUAAUACAAAACCGGUGAAUAGAACAGUAGCGAUGAAAAUUGCUGAGACACUCACUGAAAGCCCCGACGAAGGGUACGAAGGAGAAGAAAACCAAACAAAAAUCUAAAUCAUGUAAAAAUGUAUGUAAAUACUACCGACUAAAAGAAUGUGUACUCCUAGUGACAAAUAAUUGUAACUGAGACAUACCAUAGCUUUAAACAUACACACUUAUUUAAUGUAUACAAGCAAAACACAUAAAUUAUCCUUUUGUUAAUUUUGUAAAUAAAAUUACAUGACAAAUAUACAAUAUAAAUAUAAACGA